UCCGGCGGGGCCGAGUUCGGCGCGGAGCGGCCGAGCAGGCAGGAGGACAGAGGCUCUGGUGCUGUUUCACACAUGCCAUUUGGAUGGUGCACUGCAGCUCCAACACCACGGGCAGAAUUUCCAUCUUUGGAAUUGCUACCGCUUACCCGGGAGCUGUGGCUGCCCCGGAGCAGGAAAAUUCACUUCUCUGCUGGGAUCCUGCUCUUUCCUUCAACACAGAACAGGCUGGGCAAGACCAUGGGGACAAAAGGCCCUGGACACAGUGAUGGCAUGAGAUAAAGCCACUCCUGGGCAUUGAAAAGCAAAUGGCUCCAAUCUUCUAUUUUGAAACAAACUUUCGGUUUGGUUUUUUUUUUUUCCUUUCUUCCUCCUUGGGUAGAAUUUCAUGACUUACAAAUGGGUUUCAUAUUUUACUCCCAGCCUUCUUUUAUCACGUAGAGGGAGAGUUUCAGGCUGCAGAAUUCACUCUGUAGCACUGGGAAUGUGCUUUGGGGUCAGGGAGAGGAAACCUGGAACCUUUCGGGAUCCCCAGCAGGAGAAGCUUCUGCGCUUGAGCCAUCGAGGCAUCGUUGUUGCAGCGUUGGUGAGGUGGGGUUGUGCAAAGCAGGGUCACAAAAAUCUGGGAAAAACACCAUCCCAGAUGCUGGAGAGAGUGUUCCCGUGCAGGCCUUUCCAUGGGAAUUGAUUGAGGUGUCCAGAAAAGCUGUCGAGGAAUUAAUUGGGAAUAAUCCCUUGAAGGACGUGCUGACGUGUUUGCUGUGAAAACCAGGAAGAACAGGCAAGGUCUUAUCUCAAAUGUCUGGGUUCCCAUCAAGGGGAUGCUGACCUGAGCUUCCCAAACUUUAUUCCUUCUGAGAAAGUGGUGGGAAGGAGAGGAAUGUCCAGGGGGAUGGAGUAAAACCACAAAGGGGGAAGAUAAGGGCCGUGAGCCUGCCUUGCUCUGGAGUUCCUGUCAUCUCCUACAGCUUCACCCUUCAAUCACACUUGGUAUUUUUUCCCUUUUGGAGCCGAAGUGGAGUUUUUGUGGGGUUUCUAUGAUCCAUCCUCUGCCACAUGGCAAGUUUCAGACAGAUUUAGUUGUUAGAUCUGGUAGACGUGGUGUAAAUGUUUAUGCUCUAACUGAAUCACUGUAAAAAUAACUGCUGCCUGCUCUUGCAGUGUUGGGAGAGUCCCGAGCUGGGGGUUUUGUUUAGACCAAAAGUAAACUUGGGGGGAUGCUUUAAAGGUUCCUGUCAUGCCUCCAAGUGUUGUGUGGCUUUGUAAGGAAGGGCCUCACAGGGUGGGAUGAUGGUUAAAGCGUCUUUCCCAGUUUCUCAUUUAUUAAGAAAUGCUGGAGUUGCACAGAAAUUUGGGAUCUUUAAGAAAAGCUGUUCUGGUGGCCUUGGGUGGCUCUGUUCAGGGCAGAGUGGCACAAAGCCUGUGCAGGACAGAGCUGCCCACAGAGCUGGGAAACAAAAUGAUGUUAUGAUGGGCACAAACCUGAGUGCAGAGGGUUCAGGUGAGCAGAGAAAGACAGAUCUGAGCUGGAAUUUGGUGCCGCGAUGCCGAGUGCCGGGGCAGCUGCUCCCACCUGCUGGGAAACACCAAUUCCCUCAUUUCCAUGGAAGGAAUGAUGCUUUUGCUGCUGCUCUCUGCUGUUUCAUCACCUUGUGCUGUUUUUGCCUGAGCUCCCUGGCUGCUCCCAGGCUCUGAUCUGGAGGGUGGAGGUGCAGGGAGGGGAGAGGAGUACCUACUCUGCACGUAGCUACUCCUGUUGUGCUAUUGCCACACUGCCCACGCCGUGCAAUCCAUGCUGCAGAAACAGCCUGGCACAAGCACCGCUCCUGGACCUCUGGAAAAGCUGGAAGUUUCCCCGAGUUCUUCCCAGGUGUGGAGCGGAGGGCCCGGGAUAGUUGUGUAGGGCAAGGUGGGGAGUGAUUUUCUUGCUGUGGGGACCUUUCUGCCCCGCCAGAGCUGCUGGCAGAGCUGGUACGGGCUGUCCCCACAGGGAAGGUGACCCAGAGGUUGCUGAGCUGUGCAGAGCCCAGGCAGGUCCUGACGGAUUUUUGGAUGGACGUGCCCAGAGCGCCGCGGAUUGGCUCCCAGAGGUGACAGGGUGACGCUGGAGCGGGCGCAGGGGAGGAGGCCGGUGUCCAGCAGUGCCUGUGUGCGGGCCAGGGGACACUUUUGGGGUGGCCUUGGUGGCUCUGCUGUGCUUGCCGACACCACUAGGUGCCUCCCAGCCUUUGCACUGCGGGGAGAGGCUCGGGAGCACCCGCUGCUCCCUCGGGCUGCUCCAGCAGCCCAGGCUUGGGGCACGGCUCUGAUUUUUGGGUUAUUUUGGACAUGAGCUUCACUUUUCACACAGCAGGGUUUGUCCCUGAGCUGGGGGAACGUGGAGCUGUUUAAGGCAGAGCUGUCGGGGAGUAUUGAGGGUGCAACGAGCCUGAACUUGGGGGUGUACGUGGAUUUUAUGGGAUGUGAACCCUACAGUCUGAGGGGCCCUGUGUGCCUGACUCUGUCACUGCUGUCACACUGCCACAGCAAUGGACAUGCUCCGAGUGAUUUUUGUGUUUGCUCUGUUUGUUCCUGGCUCAGAGGGAUUAGGUUUGGGGCUGAUAAAAAAUAAUCACCAUCAGGGUUAUGGGGUGGGGGAGCACCUUCCCAUUCUCGGUCCCUGUGACAAGUGCAGGUCGAGGUGGUGGCAGGGCAGGGCAGUGAUGGGUGAUGAGUGUCACCUCUCCAGCUGUCAUCUCUCUGCUGGGACCAGAGGAAAAUCCCAGUGCAGGACAAGACCCUCUGUUGUAGCUCUAAAUAUGGGUAGAAAAAGGAGAAAUAGCAAAUCCUUGUAAAUAAUCUCACUGUGACAUUUUUGCCCCUCCAACCCCUGGUACCCAAACCUGGGCUCUUGGAAUCCUCACCUGAGAGUCCCUCUGGUCCUUUGGCUGCUGAAUCACCAAACUGCUUUUCCCACUGCACCAGCACAAAGAUGCCUCUGGCUUUGUGACAGAAACAUUUGAGGAAUCUGAUUGUGGGGGUUCUUUGUUGCUGUUUUUCUUCCCCCCCACAAUUUGUGCUGGGUGCAGCACGUCCUGCCCGGGGCCUCACGUUGAAACUCUGGGCGGUGGCACAGAGUUGAACGUGUUCACAUCUUUCACCCUCCACUUUUUUGCUGCUCUGUUUUACCAGGCCAGCCAGCUUUUUGACAGCCAUCCAGUUUUAUUAGUGCAGAAACCAAAAUCCCACCUCCUUUGGCUUGCAAACAACCUCCUGAUUGAUGCCUGGGAGCAGAGUAAAUUCGUGUGUGUCUGCUGGGCCCUGUGCGAGCCCAGCUCAGAAGAAAAGAAAAACAGAGAUUUUGGAAAUGGCUGGGACUUCUAAGGGUAUUAAAAAAAUAAUAUUUCAAAAAUAAAUAAAUUGAAAAGCUUCUUGCUGCUUUACCUUUGGGCUACAGGGUGUCCUUGGUUCCAGCUUGGGGGAAAUGGGAUGCAGAUAAGCAAAUCAAAGGAUCAGCAGGACCCAAGACAGAAAGCACUGGAAAAUGAACCAGGUGCCUCCUGGCUUCUGUAAAAUCCAGCUUUAAUUGCUGUUUUCACCAAAUUGCAGGGCUGAAUCUGGCCUGGGUUGGCUGGUAGUGGUCAGUGUGGGAGCACAGCAGCAUCCAGUCCCAUCCCAGUGCCGGCCAGUCCGGCUGCUGGGAGAGGGACCAGCCUUUGGGGCCCUGAAACAGAACUAAAAAAAGUUUAACUAAAAAAAGUCUGCUGGGUUUUGUCCUUUUUCUUUCUUAAAUCAAGAAUGUUCUUUGCUCUCCCUUUGCCAAACAUUAAAUUCACUUAAAUUUCGAGGCUGGAGACUUUUCCAACUUUCCUGUUGCACUUGAGGCAUUUUCCAGAGGACCAUUAUUUUCACACAAAGUGUCGCUCCUUCUGAAACUCAGCCCCAUUUAUAAUCUCUUCAUUUGAGCCCUGCAAAUUGCCAGUCACUUUUAAAAAGCGAUAUUAGUCUCAGGCUCUCUCCUUUUAUUUAUUGCUUUGAUGAAAGAGAUGGUGUCAGGAGUGGAAAAUGAGUGGAGGCAGAGGAGGGAAACGGGAGAAAUUCAGGGAAGGAGUUGGAAAAGGGAACAAAGAAAUCGAUUAAACGCUUUUUUUUUUGCUCCCAUAUCUUGAGGAUGAUUAUGUUUCACUGGAAAACAUCUCCUUCAUUCAGAGUGUUAAUAUUUAAUUAGUUGCUGAUCAUUAAGUGCUUAUUGUGGUUGCUAAUUUGGCCAGGAAACGCUGUAAAUGCUGCUGGGAACAGAAGUAGGUUAACAGGGCAGGUAUUUUUGUGCUUCGGUGCCUCAUCUUCCUUGCCCCCAAAUUUCCAAGGAAACUUCUUGCUGUGUCUUCUUAGAGGGAUGCAAAGGCCACGGGAACGUCAUCCCAAAAUCCUAAAUGAGAGUCUGCGAAGCAGCAAAUCCGCAGUGAAGGGCUCAGCCUUUCUGCCCUAACGUAGCAUUUGUGAGUGUGGAGUGCUGAAAACUCAUUUUCAUCAUUUGGGCAUGUGAUAUAAAGCCUCAGGAUCUGAAAUAUUACAGUCACCAUGGCUACCAGUGACUUAUCUGAGGGAGUUUGACUUUUGUUUUGAUUUUAAGUGUCUUAAUUGUAGUUUAAAAAUCAGAAUCUAAAUGUGUUUUUUUACUUAGGCAUGAAACUAAAGGCAUUAAAUGAUUUGCAUUAUUAAAAUAUCUAUAAUGCUGCCUGUCAAAGGUUCCUAAAGAAGGUCCUUAAUAUUCAUCCCUUAUGUUCUAAAUAAAGUUACUCUCCAGCUUUAUGGGAGUUCUGCUUCUCUCACCACAAAAAAUGUCUUGCAGGUGCCUCGCUGGCUAUUUUGCAACCCCAAACCUUUUGUUUAGCCUUGGAAAAGCUGUGCCACUCCAUACCUGCUGCUUUCUCACACAUUCUGCUGCUUUUCCUCCUUCCCCUCCUGUCCCCCAGCCUUUCCCCGCGGGGUCCCACCUCUGGAGCUGGUGUUUAUGGAAGAGUUUGGCUGCUGGAAGUUUGCCCUGCUCAGGAAUCCUGCCAAACCCCCUCGAGUUUCUCCUGGAUGAAAAAUUACUGAGCACCACCUGCCCGAAAAGUGGGAAAGCGUGGGGAUGCUGAGCUGGGAUGGAGAGCACCGAACUGCCCCUCCUUCCAUGGUGUAAAAGAAGAGGAGGAACACGACAGGCAGUGGUGCAGCCGAAGAUUUUUCUCCCUUAAUUCAAUCACUGAAAUGUUACAAUCUGUCCUGCUCUAAUUCUCUCCACUUGUACUUGUGCAGCGGUUGCAAACAUGCUGAAAUAUGAACUCAUGCUUGCAUGGCUGACAAGAACAGCACCCUGAAAUGCACGUUCUCUGCUCCUGGCCACAGCACCACGCUGCUGCAGGGACUGGCCUCGCUCCGAGCUCAGGCUCAGCUGCUUGAUGUCAUCCUCACUAUAAAUAAUGAAGUGUUUCAGGUUCAUAAAGUUGUCUUGGCUGCCUGCAGUGACUAUUUCAGGGCGAUGUUCACGGGCGGGAUGAGAGAAGCCAGCCAGGAUGUGAUCGAGCUCAAAGGUGUGUCUGCCAAGGGCCUGAAGCACAUCAUCGACUUCGCCUACAGCGCCGAGGUGACUCUGGACCUCGACUGCAUCCAGGACGUGCUGGGAGCCGCCGUCUUCCUGCAGAUGGUGCCGGUGGUGGAGCUGUGCGAGGAGUUCCUCAAGUCUGCCAUGAGCGUGGAGACGUGCCUCAACAUCGGGCAGAUGGCCACCACCUUCAGCCUCGCCUCCCUCAAGGAAUCCGUGGACGCCUUCACCUUCAGGCACUUCCUGCAGAUCUCCGAGGAGGAGGAUUUCCUCCACCUGCCCCUGGAGCGCCUGGUGUUCUUCCUGCAGAGCAACAAGCUCAAGAGCUGCAGCGAGAUCGAGCUGUUCCGCGCCGCCGUGCGCUGGCUGCAGUUCGACCCCGGGCGCCGCGCCAGCGCCAGCCAGGUGCUCUGCCACAUCCGCUUCCCGCUCAUGAAAUCCUCGGAGCUGGUGGACAGCGUCCAGACCCUGGACAUCAUGGUGGAGGACGUGCUGUGCCGCCAGUACCUGCUGGAGGCCUUCAACUACCAGAUCCUGCCCUUCCGGCAGCACGAGAUGCAGUCGCCGCGCACGGCCAUCCGCUCGGACGUGCUGUCCCUCAUCACCUUCGGCGGCACCCCCUACACCGACAACGACCGCACCGUCAGCGCCAAGGUCUUCUGCCUGCCCGACGCCGGCGGCCGCCAGUUCCGCGAGCUGACCGAGAUGGAGGUGGGCAGCAGCCACUCGUGCGUGGCCGUGCUGGACAACUUCGUGUACCUGGUGGGAGGGCAGCAGCUGCAGUACCGCAGCGGGGAGGGCGCCGUGGACGUCUCCUACCGCUAUGACCCCCACCUCAACCAGUGGCUGCGCAUCCAGGCCAUGCAGGAGAGCAGGAUCCAGUUCCAGCUCAACGUCCUGCGCGGCAUGGUUUACGCCACGGGUGGCCGCAACCGCUCGGGCAGCCUGGCCUCGGUGGAGAAGUACUGCCCCAAGGACAACGAGUGGACCUACGUGUGCUCCCUGAAGCGCAGGACGUGGGGCCACGCCGGGGCCACGGUGGGGGACAAGCUGUACAUCUCGGGGGGGUACGGGAUCUCCGUGGAGGACAAGAAGGCCCUGCACUGUUACGACCCUGCCGCGGAUCAGUGGGAGUUUAAGACCCCCAUGAACGAGCCCAGGGUGCUGCACGCCAUGGUCAGUGCCAACAGCAGGAUUUACGCCCUGGGAGGCCGCAUGGACCACGUGGAUCGGUGCUUCGAUGUCCUGGCUGUGGAAUAUUACGUCCCUGAGACGGACCAGUGGACCACGGUGAGCCCGAUGCGCGCGGGGCAGUCGGAGGCCGGCUGCUGCUUGCUGGAGAAAAAGAUUUACAUCGUAGGGGGCUACAACUGGCACCUGAACAACGUGACCAGCAUCGUGCAGGUCUACAACACAGAGACUGACGAGUGGGAGAGGGACUUGCACUUCCCAGAGUCUUUUGCUGGCAUUGCCUGUGCCCCGGUCAUCCUCCCGCAGGUGACGAGCCAGAGGUGACUCUGGGCUGCUCUGGGGUUGUGGGAGAGGGAAGGACAGCAAACAGCUCCAGUUCUCUGCUCCAGAAUGUCCCUCCUCCUGCUGGGGAGUCCUGGCAAGCAAGUUCCAUCAGCAGCACUUGUCAGCCAGGCAGACUGAACAGAUGUUACAGCUGGGAAAAGCUUUUCUCUCCGCUCUCUCUCUCUCUCUCUUUUUUGUGGGGGGUGAAUUUUGCCAACUUUUCGUAUUUUUAAAGGCGUUACACGCUGCAAACUCUGGCAGCUCAGGAGUCACUCAGCACUGGGGUCUUGUUUCCAAGAGACCAGGUGGGGGAUUUUUUAUCAAUAGCUCCAAAAAUAAAAAUCAUUGUGCGUCGCUUUGUUGUUUUUUUAGCAAACAAACAAAAAAAUACCAAAACCUGUGUAACACACUGACCUCCAGAAGCAAUAAAGGGACAGUGGGAGCUACAAGAGCUCAGGUGCUUGGAUUGUGAAACCAGAUCCCUGUUUUUCAAAAGGUGACUUUUCCUUUUUUUUCUCCUUGCUGGAAAAGGGAAUAUUUAUCCCUGCGCACCUCUGGUCCUCAUUGCUUGGAUCACGCUGCAAUUCCUCGCCCCCUCCAGCUCCUCUAGUGCAGAAGUUCUCCCUUAAUUGGGGCGUGCAGAGUUUGCAGCACUAAAGCCAUGGUGAAAGCUUGAUUAUAUAUAAACAGGCAUGAUUAUUUGGGUUUAGAAGUGCCAAAAAAUUUGGCUGCCCUGGCAAUAAGAGCUCUGCAGUCGUCCAUCAGUGAAGCCAAGAGCUCCUGCAGUUUCUGGGUCAGGAUUUUCACCUUUCCCAACACCUUCAUCCCAACUCUUCCUCCACUAAAGGAGGUGGGUGCUACUCCUUCAGCAGCUGGAAGGAUUUCUUCCUUGCCAUGGGAAUCAGCUGCUUGGCAUCCCAAAAUGAUGGGAGUCCCAGUGGAAUGUGGUUUCGUUGUUGUGGUGGUAUUUUAAAUUAAGAGGUUGGUUUAAGGUGGCUCUGUGAUUUUUGUAAAAUCUUCACUGAACACUUCCUGAACUUUCCUCCCCUCCAAGGCAUUUUCCUUAUUUAAUUUGAUGAAUGAAUUGCAAAAAUCUCUGCUUUUAUCAGGAAUUCUGUUUCCAAGGGCUUUGUUUUGUAUCUGUGUCGGCUUGAUUUGGAUGCACACGGUCUCCUUUUGUAGAGAAGCUGUUGCAUUCUGCUGUGAAAUAAAUCCUGGGCUGCAACCUUUA